GGCAACUUUUAAAAAAGCAUCAUUUUGGAUCUUAGUCCACUGUCUAGAGCAAAAUGGCCUCAGCACAUGACAGAGCAGUUUUACAGGUCAUCUUUAACCCUACCAGCCCUUUUGGAGAUAUCCCUGGAUUAAAUCAAGAAGAUGAGCUGACAGACAAUGACAGUGUUUUUGAAUCAGAGCUAGUGAAACAGGUGAAAGAUCUGGAACUGCAGGGAGUUUCUGCUGCUGAGUCUGGAGACCUGCACGCUGCUAUUCAGCAUUUUAACCAGGCCAUCCGGAUCCUGCCUCAGAGGGCUUCAGCCUACAACAACCGAGCCCAGACCAAACGACUGCAGGGAGACACGGAAGGUGCAGUGGAAGAUCUGGAGCGUGCCAUUUCUCUCAGCAGUGGCAUUGGGCGAUCAGCCUGUCAGGCUCUGGUCCAGCGUGGGCUUCUUCUUAGGUUGUCGGGUCGUGAUGAAGAGGCUCGGGUGGACUUUGAGAAAGCAGCAGCUCUAGGCAGUGAGUUUGCCCGGCAGCAGGCUGUGAUCUUGAACCCCUACGCUGCCCUAUGUAACCGCAUGCUGUCAGAGGUCAUCGAUAAACUACGCAACCCAGAAAUGUCAGACAUGCCAUAGAGAUGGAAAGAUAUACUAAUAAGUAUAUACAUUGUAUUGUUACAAAGGCAUACAUUUAUUAACUUGUACUUUGUACUUUGCUUGUACUUUGUGAAUAAAGUCAAACAUUUUUCAGGUGAUUGUCACUUUGGGGGAUGUAGAGAAUGAAAGAAAAAAUAUAUAUAUUACAAUUUAAAACCUAAAAUUAUGAUGGCUCUGGAGGAACAGAUAAAUAAACGUUUGGAUGGAA